AUGUAUCUGCUUUUUUCCGUCUCAUAGGUUUGGUCACUAACCCACGCGUUGCGCCCUAUUGCUUUCGCCUCGCUUACUGUGUUGACUAAAACAAACUGUAUUGCUGUGUGUAUAAAAUGUAAACUUCUCACACUACCAGAUUUUCGUGACUGGCGCACGAUGGGGUUGCAAGACUAUUGCGUCUACUGCUCACGAGCUUCUGUGCUAAAGGACCGCAUGGCAGCAGAACGUGUCUAAGCGUAAUCUAUGGCUGCACCAAAUGACGCCGGGACCCAGCUGGGCGACGGCGCAGGAAGUACGCUGGCCCAAACUGCCACGUUGGCGCUAACGACAGGAUUGUCGCCGUCGGCAAUCCCGCACCCGCUUGCGCCGGAAUCGAUGUCAUAUGGCAUCCAAACGCGGGACGCUGUCAUAGCCGUCUUCCAACGCCAGGCAGCCCAGCAGCAGGCUCUCCUGACUCAACAGCAACUGGAGCUUCUUCAGUUGACGGAGGCAGCCCGCAGCCACCAGCGGGACCUAGCAGCGGAACAGCAGCGUCUGAAGCUGAAGACCGUAGAACUACACCGCCAGUCAGAGGAGCUGACGGAGCGCGAGCGGAAGCUGGCCGGCGAUGCGGAGGCGCUGGCGGCUCGUGAGCGCGCGGUGGCCGAGUCGGAGUCGCGGCUGGAGGCGCUUCGGUGCUGUGUCAGCCAGCAGUACCUGGUGCUGCGGGCGGUGCACCUGGAGCUGCAGGAGAGGCUCCUGGCAGCACGGCUGGAGGCGGCGCAGCAGCCGCAGGCUGCACCGGCAGCGCUUGCGACGGGGGCGGAGGAGCUCCCCGAAGCGAGCGCGGGGCUGCCUGCCAGCCUGGCUGAGGAGCAUCCGGCUGCCUGCUCACCGUCACACCAGCCGCAAUGGCAGGCCGCUGAGCCACAUCCGCGUGAGCCGUCGCCGGCUGUUGCUGCUGCACCGGUUGCGGACGACCGGGGUGCAGACAGGGACCGCAGUGGUGGUGGAAGCAAGCGACGGAGCCGUGAGCGGGAGCAUAGCCGGGAUGGGGCUCGAGACAGAAAGCGGGAUCGAGAGCGUAGUCGGGAUCGAGGGGGAGACCGGACCUCUGAUCGGGGCAGCUUGCGGGACCGCGGCCGGGAGCGGAGCCGGGCAGGGGUCAGGGAUGCGGAGGAGGGCGGCAGGCGGCACCGAGACGUCGACCACGAGCAGGACCGAGGCCGGGAGAGGGGCCGCGACCGGGAACGAGAACGGGAAAAGGAGCAAGAGAAGGAGCGGGAACGUGAACGCGAUAGGGAGGGCCCCAAGCGGCGGGGCCGGGAGCGGUGGCGAGGGCGUGAGUGGCCCGAGGGACAGCAAGACCAGGAGCGAGAGCACAGGGGUGCAUCCUCCCCAACCGCCCGUGGCGACCAGGGCGAAACCCAACGUGCUGGGGCGCCAGCUGUGACACCACAUGUCGGGGCGGGAGGCGGCGCUACGUCACCGGCAGCAUCCCCGAGGGCCGCCAGCCCCAUCACCGAGCCGCCCGGCAGCACCCGCGGAGCCGUGGAGCUGGCUGCUGAGGCAUCCUCGCAGCGGAAUGGCGAGGGCGAGGACGGCCCCCGCCGCACAUCGGCGGCCGGCGCUGCAGCCGCGGGUCCCAGUGCGGCUGCCCCCGUUGCUGCCUCGGCUGGUGCUGCGAGCGAGGGCCGGUCCCUGCGGCCCGGCAGGAGCACCCGCGGGAGUGCGGCUUCUCGUCAGGCACAGCAGCAGCAGCAGCAGCAGGCGCCGACGGAGACGCACCUCGGAAAACGGCAUCGAGGUUCCGGCGUGGAUGAUUCCUGGGAGGGUAGGCAGCCAGCCGAUGAAAGGUCUGGCGCCAGCCAACGACCGUCAGACGCGGCGGGCAAUGUGCAGGGCGGAGCGGAACAGCAAUCACAGGCGCGCCUGCCAAAGCAAAGGCAGGCAAAGCAGCACCACCGACCGCCGCGCACUGGCGACGGCGCUGCUGCCGCACCUCAGACACUAGGCGCCGACGCUGAUAAUAAGCCUGCCGACGGUACGUGCGGCCAAACAGCAGCAAGCAUUCCGGAAGCUCCCGACUCGGCAGCGGCGGCCUCAGCGUCUGCAACCCCAGCCUCUGCCGGCGCGCCUCCCGCUGCUGCUGCUCCUGCCGCGGUGCAGGACGUCGCGGAGGUACCUGCGGCAACCGUAUCCGAAACAGACCCGUCCUUUGGAACCGACAGCCGUUGCCCUCGAGAAGAGGAGGAGGACGAGCAGGAGCAGCAGGCCUUCCUCGCCAUGCACGCCAGCGGCCGGCCCGGUACGGAAGACACGGAGGAGGAAGGGGAGGAGGAAGAGGAGGAGGAGGCGGAGCGCUGCCCCCGCGAGGAGGAAGAGGAGGCCGCCGAGGCUGAGGCGCAGCGCCGUCGAGGGGGUAGGAAGGCUCGGCGCACGUGGGAAGAGCAGCCGCAACCGCAACAGCCCGAUGCCGACGUGCGACCCCGGCGGCCAUCGCGGCCUCCCCUGCCGCAGCCGCAGCCGCCUAAGAAGAGAAAGAAGACGGGGAGGCUGCCGCUGGAGGACCGAAAGCGGCUGAGGGCUGAGCGGCGGGCGCAGCAGGUGGCAUAUAUUGAGGCGAGGCAGAAGCGCAAGGAGGUUUAUGAGGAGCGCUUUAAGCAACAGCGGCUUGCUAAGGAGCAGGCCGCAGCUCGGAUUCAGGAAGAGAUGGCGGCGCGCAGGCUAGAGGAGCUGCGGCAGGCGGGGACCCGGUCUGAGAGGCGACGGCAGCGGCAUGAGCGUAGGGACGCAGAAGCCGCGGCUUCCUCCGCGGCAGCGGCGUCACCAGCCUCGAGGCCUACCGCAGCUGCGGCAGCAGCAGCUCCUGCACCGCCUAUAGAGCUUGAUGCAGCUCCGACGUUGCCCCUUCCAGCUUCAGGAACCUCGGCGCCAGCAACGGAACCACAACACCCAGUGCAAACAGCAAAGGAGGCAGCGCCGGGUGCAGCGACACAUACAACGGCGAAGGCGACGCAGACCACUUCAGCAACACGACCGGUGCCGUCCGCCGCUGCAGGCGUGGCGGCCAUGGUGACAACGACAGCAGCAAUCCUGCAGCCCCCUGCGAAGGUAGAGGUUGUUGAGGCGCCCAGCACGGUAGUAGCGCCACCUGAGCGCGAGGCAGCAGCGCCGCCGCCCCCACCGCCGCCACCCCCACCGCCCCCUCCAAAAGCAGAAGCAAAGCCGGCGCCAAAGGUCGAGGAGCAGCCUGCGGUGGCACCGCCGGAACGAGCGCCGCCAGCGGCGGGUGUAAAGGAGCGUGCAGUCGCAGCACCUCCGCAGCAGACAUCACCCGUUGUGAUGAAGGCGCAGUCUGGGCCGGUUCAGCCGCCGCCACCCACAUCAUCAGUUUUGCGGCAAGCCGCUCCUGCUGCACCGCCAGGCCCUGCAGCAGCCGCGUCUGACCACCUACCGGGUCCCCAGGCUGGAAUGGAACCGCAGCCGGCCAAACGCCAGCACCAGCGGCACCUUUCGCAGCAGCCCGGCACACAGCAGCAGGAGCAGGAACGGCAAUCCAGUCCUACUCGGCAGCAGGGGCGUCAGCAGCAGCUGGAGUCGGGAGCCCGUGUGGGCUCAGCCAAUCCUCAGAGAGUGCCCUCUGAGCAGGUUGGGAGUGGCGGUAGGUCAUCUGCGGCGUCAGGGGCGGCAGGGAGCUUAGGCUUAACGCCGCAUGCGCCCGGUGGCGUUCCUGCGGCGUUAGGCAUGGAGCAAGGUGGUGGCUCCUGGUCGCAGCCGCGGCAACAGCCGGAAGACGCACCGCACGAGUGUGCCCCGCUUGGGACAGCCGCGGAACGUGAUAAGCCCCCGCUGGCAUCGCGGCCACGGCAGCCACAGCAGCAGCAACCGCAACAGCAGCUACAAGUGCCGUCUUCGUUGGACCAGCAGUACCCGCAUCCGCACUACCAGCAGCAGCAGCUGCCGCGGCCACAGCAGGAGCACCGGCCAGGGCAGCAGGCGCAGCAGUCCCAGGCGCAUCGCCCAGCACCGCGGCCUCAGAGCCUGCUAGACUGGCGCCGGUCGAUGCAGCCGAUUGCCGCCCUCUCCGGCGCCUUGCCCGCGCUGGCGCCGCAACAGCUGGCACAGCAGCAGCAGCAGUCCCACCCUCAACUGCACGCCCAGCUACCGCAACCCCACAUGCAUGUGCACAGCAACCACCACCAGCAGACGCAGGCUUAUGUGCCGUCGCAGCUGCAGCAGCAGCCACCCCAUUUACGAGCGCAGCAACAGCCACACCAGCCUCACCCGCAGCAGCAGCGCCAACAGCAGGCCCCUCGUCCACCACAUGACCAGCACCAGCAGCUGCUCCAAGCCAUGCAGCAGCUGCAGCAGCAGCAGCAACAACAACAGCAUCUCCUACAACAGGACGCACACCCGCAGCAGCAGCAGCCUUUACACCAGCAGCAGCUGCAACAACAACAGCAACAACGGCAUCCACAGGCGCCGCCGCAGCAGGGGGCGCAGCCGCCUCGUGCCCACCACCUGCAUCCUAAGAACCCCGCACCUCGGCCAGUCAAUCGCGCCGCUGCUCGCGGGGCAGCUGGAGCGGAGUACGGUUCCACAGCACCCCCUGGGCCCAGCCACCCGCAUUUGCAGCAGCAUGCCACAAGCAGCUCCGCCGUACAGUCGCAUCCCCCAGGGCCGCCGCCGCCAGGUUACGCCCCACCGCUUGUGCCGCUGGGAGUGCGCAGCCUGCCCUUUCACCGUCGUCAGCGGCUGAAGGCGGCUGUGGCGGCUGGAUCUUACCAGGGGCAGCAGCAGCAGCAGCCUAACAGCGAUGAUGGAGGCGGGGAUGGGGAUGUGGACGGCGGCCUCCUGGAUGAGGACUUGGCGCGGACUGUGGACAUGUUGCGGCAGGAGCAGGAGCGCGAGCAGGGGCAGGGGCAACAGGGGCUGCUGUGACGCCUGGGGGUGCAGCGCUGGGUGGGUGGGAAGUGGGAGCAUGGGUUGGCUGCUUGUUGGAUAGUUGGAAUUACCGUUGAUAUGAUAGCACGUGGCGGUGGGGUAAGGGUGCAGAUAUGUUGCUGGGGAUGUGUAUUUUUGACCUGGUCUCGUAACCUCUGCAGAUAGCUGGCAUGGAUGCCAGUUGAGGCUUCUUGUACGGACUAGGCGCCGGGUAGUACGCGUUGCUGAGUGCUCGGAAUCAUGGGAUAGGUGCGGCCCGACUGGCUUCGGUGGCGGAAUUUGGAACACUAUAUUCUGGGUUCACUGCAUUGGGCUUACCGUAUUGCCCAAAAAUGGCAACACCUUCAGACAGAUCAUGUUGGACGGUUGUUCGUUGGGUUCUGCCACCUUGUCUCCUGGCCCUGGUGAAAAGCAGAAGGGGGAAACAUAAAAUAAGUGAAACAACUAGAGUCUCAAUCCCAUAUCCCGACUCAUGCAGUGAGCGCAUUCGGAGACACUAUCCUAGAAGCACGCAACUCAAAAAUUACUUGCCGAAUCUUUGCUUACCGUAAACCGAGAGGGGGAGGGACAGGGC